CACUGUACGGAAUCGACAGAAUCCUCCAAGGAGCCAUCAGGCCUUCAUUCUCAAGAUGUGUAUGGCAAGUGCCUUUUUCCCUUAUUACUACAAGCGGAACAUCUCUGAGAAUUAUGAGAAGGAAAUGUGUCGUGAACUCAAUGGGCACGACCCCUUCUCCACUGUGAUUGUGAGUGGGCUUCCCGCAAGGUCAAAUGUUCUUUAUGACAGUCAGUUGAAAGAAUUGUUCAAAGAAUGCUCACAAAAUCUUGAAAUUCAGUAUGAAGGUUGCAAAGCCUAUAUUCAGUUUCCUCGAAUGAGUCUUUCAUCAACCAAAAAGGAGCACUUCCAAGACGUCCCAGGGGAGUGUCCCACCUCCAUGCACCUGGCCCUUAAGAUGCGCCAAGUACCGCGAAUUCAAAAGAACCUUGUGCUGAAUCUGUAUAGCCAAGGAGAGACUCAAAAGAAAAUGUCAGAAGUGUUUGGAAGCACCACAAGCAUGUCAGGGAUAAGUUUGUUCAAGGAUCCACACAGAGUCUUCUGGGAAUGCAAGACUUAG